AUGUCUGAACGAAAAUCAACAACAGCCAUAAAGGGUCAAGCCACCAAGGUCGAAAAAGAUUCGCAAUGGAAAAAACUAAGAGCCAUGACAAGUGAAAAAACUGAAAAAGAAAGUAAGCUGAUUAUCGAAAAAGGAAAACACUCUUCAACCACAGAAGUCAUUUCGAAUAUCUCCCCCUGGGAAGAAAACAUAUUUAUCACUACGGACGCCGAAGGAAAUUUCGAAUCCUUCACCAAGAUCAUGGGAUGCGGUAUAAUCGUCAAGAAAAUAGACGAUAUGACCACAUGGAACUUCAAUGCAAAAUCGGAGGGACCACCGUCAUCUAACAGGACUGAAUUGGGAGCGAUCAUUAUAGCGUUAAAAAUUAUGCCAACGGAAGGAAAGGCUACAAUAUACUCGGACAGCCUCGCCAUGAUCUCAGCCAUUAAGAUCGUAGAAGGCUUAAUCAAAAAGAAAAAAACUCGACUUCACAAGGUUACAGCUCACGCAGGAGAUAAAUACAAUGAGUUAGCUGAUGAGCAAGCAAAAAAAGGAGCAAAGGAAGGAGGAAAAAUAACAACAAACAUGGCCAUCAUAAAUCGAAUGGUCAAUGUAAAAUGA